GGCCCUUGUAUAAAACGAGUGGCUGGGUCAAUGGGGGCAUCAUUGAUCGGUUGGACAUCGAGGGCUCAAGCACGACCACUGUGAAGAUGAAUUUCAUUGCGCUCGCCAUCUGCGCGCUAUGCGGAUUAACCCAAGCGGAUAUAUCGCUCAAGUUGCGGCAGCAGCAGCAGCAGCAGCAGCAGCCGCUGAUCACCAAGGAGCAGUACUACAAGACGGGCGGUGGCUUCCAGGAGAGCAACUACGGCAAUUCCGGCUAUCAGAUCUUCGAGGUGCACAACCACUUCGCCGCCAAGGGCCCCGCCUACCUGCCGCCCCUGGGUCAGGGCGCACAUGGUCAUGCCCACGACGACAGCCUGGACCUGAGCUUCCUCAACUUUGCCGAUGCCCCAGCUCCCGCUCCCGCUCCCGCUGCAGCUGCAGCUGCUCCUGCCACAGCGCCCGUUCCCGUGCCCUUCCCCUCGAGCUACCAGCAUGACUUCCAGCGCAAAGCGCCGGCUGCAUCCUCGCUGGGCUACAGUGGCCAGGCCUAUCUGCCACCCACGGCUGCCGCACCCAUUGUCCAGCAGCAGCAGCAAGUGAUUCCGCAGCAGCAGCAGCCAGUGAUUCCGCAGCAGCAGCAGGUGCCACAGCAGUACAGCCCACAGAAGUUCGAGGCACCAGUGUCCAGCUACCAGGCCACGCCCACCAGCUACCAGCAGCCACAGAAGGUCUUCCAGGGACCAACAUACCUGCCUCCACAGCAGCAGCAGGUGCAGCAGCAGGUGCAGCAAGUUCAAGAGGUGCAGCAGCAGCAGCAGCAGCAGCAAGUGCAGCAGAUUCAAGCCGUUCAGCAGCAGCAGUCGAUUUCUGUGCAGAAUCCGGCCCAGGAAUACCGUGCUCCUGGCUACCUCCCACCUGGCUACGAGUUCGCCACGCCCGCUCAGUUGCCCGCGUCGCUCGGCCGCAGUGUCCAGAAUGUGGCCACCACGCAGAGCGUGGCAUCGGUGCAGCAGGCUGCCGGCGAGUACCGCGCUCCUGGCUAUCUGCCACCUGGCUACGAUGAGCCACGUCCCCAGGCACCAACCCAGAUCACCUACCAGCAGCCACAGCAGCAGCAACAGCUGCAGCAGCCACAGCAGCAGCAGCAGCAACAGCUGCAGCAGCAACAGGUGUAUGCUGCUCCUACACAAGCAACCAUUAGCCAUCCCGGCGCCCUUCCCGAUGGCUACGAUUUCGUCAAGCCCGAAAACGCCGAGGCCGCCAUUGCCGAGCUGCACAGCCUGCAGACCCAAACCAAGCUGCUGAAGCAGCAGCAGGAGCAGCAGUUGCUCUUGCAGCAGCAACAGCAGCAGCAGCAGCAGCAGCAGAUCGUGGUGCAGUCCCAGUUGCAGGUGGCCCAGCAACAGCAGAGCGCAGACAUCGUCUACGGCCGUCCCAAGUCGCAGCUGCAGCAACCUUUGGCGCCCCAGAGCACACUUGCCACAUCUACUGCCGUCAGCUACCAGCAGCAGUUUGCGGCUCCUGGCUACCUGCCUCCAGCUGGCACUGCUCCCGCGCCAUCGCCAGUUGUGGCUCCUGCGCCCGUUUCCAUUCCAGCUCCGGCGCCCUUGGCUGCUCCCGCUCCAGCUCCAGCUCCAGCUGCAGCUCCCGUUGCCGUUGUCCAGGCGGUGACCACCUCUGGCUCCUACCAGCAGCAGUACAGGGCUGCUGGCUAUCUGCCACCAGCAGUGGCCGCUCCUGCUCCUGCUCCAGCUCCUGUCCAAAUUGCAGCUCCAGCUCCCGUUCCUGUCCAAAUCGCUGCACCAGCUCCUGCUCCUGCUCCUGUCCAAAUUGCUGCACCAGCUCCAGCUCCAGCUCCCGUGGCAGUCCGUGUUGCAGCCCCUGCACCAGCUCCUGUCCAAAUUGCCGCUCCCGCUCCUGCUCCAGCUCCAGUGCGUGUCGCCGCUCCCAUCCACGUGACCGGCCCCGCUCCCCUCGCCAUUUCGCUGCCAGCUCCAGCGCCCACCCAGGUGACGCACAUCCACUCCCUGCGCAGCUACAUGAACACCGUGCAGCCAUUCGCCCGCUACGCGCAGCCAGUCACCGUGCGCCAGCAGCAGCCUCAUCAUGUCCAGCAGCAGCAGCAGCAGCAGCAGCAGCUCAUCGAGGUGGCGCCCAUGUACCGCGAGCAGUCCAAGCGUCCCCGCUUCUAUGCCCCUGCGUACGUGAGCAACGCCGUGCCCCGCCAGCUGCCGCAGCAUCACUACCACCGCGUGGUGCAGGGCCAGCAGCAGCUGCAGCCCACCCUGAGCUUCAAGGCGCAGCAGUCGCUGCAGAAGUUCAUGCCCAGGGACGUCCAGGUGGCGGUGAAUGUGGCCAUGGCGGCCACGGCGCCAGUGGCGGCACCAGUCGCCCUGCGCGGCAGCUCCCGGGUGCGCACCGUGCAGAUAGUGAAGCCACAUGCCACGCGAACCUUCAAGGUGCUGGAGCAGCUCGACCAGGCCGGCGUGAAGACCAUCAAGAUCCUGGGAGCGACCAAUGAGCAGCCGCAGGGACGCCACCAGGUGGUCAAGGUGGUGACCCAGAAUGCGCACAACGGUGCGGAGAGCCAUGUGCAGACCGUCAAGAUCUACGACGAUGUGCAGCAGCCACUGCGCUUGUUGCCACUGCCACAGCCGCAGAGCAAUGCCUACUUGCCACCUAGUCGCUCCAGGGCGCGAAUCGUGCGCCAGGCGUCGAAGCCACUGCGCCUGCAUCCCGUGGCCAGUCUGUAGAGGAUCGGGCACCCACCCAAGCGCACUCCCAGCACUGAUUAGUUGUUAAUCUCAUCCAUGCUCUGCACUGCUCUGCUACUAUUAUUUUUUUUCUCAGUCCUUGUUGCAACUCCC